AAGCGAACGAACGAAAUUAUGUUGAAAAAUUAAUGACGUGCAGACAAAUUAGUGAAUUCUGAAAAGUUGAAAAUAGCACCUCUCCAGGAUGAACAAUGCAGUCUGCACACUAUAAUCGUUUAACUGUAUUUUUCUUCAUUUCCACUCUCAAAAAAAUAAUCUUUCCAUUGGUUGGAGUUAUUUAGGGAACUUCCACCAUAAUUAGAAAUCGAGAUCACGGAAUUCCUGUGAAAUUAGUCACGUUACCUGUUGUAGUUCCGCUCCGUACUCAUCUAGAAGUCUAGCGCGAUGAAUUAAAACACCGUCGCUCCUCCAAUUUGGGGAUUCCCGAUAUCCCCGUGUAAUAUCCAGUCGUCGAACUCCAGCUAGGUCUUCCCCAAUCCGUGACGUAGCUCUAGAAAGCACAUGGCGACACAUUUGAAAAACCCUGAUGUGUCGGUUACUCACUGUCAGUUCCGAUCUCCGGUAAAUUUUGUUUUAUCAGCGAGGUGUACGAAAGUGAUGGCUGUUUUACAUUGCCUGGUUCAUUCAAGAAAAUGUGAAGUGAUUUACACUGUUGAGAUACCUAAAGUUCCGGUUCUUAGAGCCACCCUUCAUAAUAUAGAAGCUUCACCUAUCAAACCACAGACAUUCGAGAAUUCCAUGGUGAUUGAGAUGGUUUCAUCAACCUCAAAGGGUCUAUACAUGAAAUUACACUUCUGGAAGUGGAUGAAACAAACGUUCUAG